UGCCGAGCUGAGAUGAACAGCGAUGUUUGCUGUGGGCCAGGGUCGUUUGCUUCACACGCGUGGUUCGGAGCACACAAAGAACCCUGAACGUGAACCUUCCAUCUUCGGACGAGAAGGGCCAAAGUGUAAAAUGCUGUCGCACCGACCAUCCGACGAUGUGUGGAUAGAUGAGGAGUAUUUCAUUUCACCUGCCUUAUGCCGUCUGCUGUUCGCAUGGAGGGAAAGAAGAAACCGGAUAUGCGUUACAAAUCCACAGGGAUAAUGGUGCUGGUGGUGUUCCUCGCCUCCCUCUAUGUUUUGAUUGCACUUUCAACAACGCAGAACCACGUUACAUGCCUACCGCAUUCAUGGCAAACAGACGCCUAUCAGAUCGACCGUAAACUCCAAGUUGAGGUCACGUACAAAAAGGACCGGGAAGAGUUGUCCCGGAUCAGCGUGAAGGGAGCGAAGGCUACCAACGACCAUCAUGGAGCAAAGCAACCUGGCCAGAGAGGGGCAGUACUGACCCCAAGGCAGGAGUGCACUGCGGCCGAACUCCAGAGACGAGCCAGUACCGUCGUGCUGACCACCACCAACAACGCUUUCUUGGAUAUGACUGAGAACUGGUUGGCUAGCAUCCGGCGUACCAGGGCCUGCCCCAACAUCACGGUGGUGGCCGAAGACCAGCAGGCUUAUCGGUUCCUGUCCCGCAAGGCAGUGGUUGGGCUUCACAUCCAGCAAACUGGAUCCGGCCUGUCCACCGCCAAGAAGCUGGUCUUCAACACCAAGGAGUACAAGAAGUUCGUCAACAAGCGCCAGAGGUACAUCUUGCGAUUCCUGGAGCAAGGAUGGGAGGUCCUCUUCAGUGACGUCGACACUUUCUGGCUGAGGGACCCAUUCCCAUUUCUACAAGGCAACUUCGACAUGGCACUGGAGGUGGACGAAUACAGGCAGAAGGGAAAAAAGGGGUCCUUCUACUGCGCAGGGUUCGUUUACUUCCGGCCAACAGAGCGAACCCUGAGGUUCGUCCGGGAGUGGAUCCGGUUCAUGGAGGCGGAUGAGAAGCUGAGACCGGACCAGGUGGUCAUGAACCUGCUGAUCGCAGAGAAGAAAGUGCCGCGGUUGAAACUGCAGGUUCUCAACUCAGACCGAUUCCCGAACGGGAAGCUCUUCUUCAACGAAACGUGGCGAAGGGACAAAAGGGGCAUCGUGGUAGUGCACAACAAUUGGAUCAUUGGACAUGACCCAAAGGUCGAACGGUUUCGGAACAAUAGCAUGUGGUUAGUGGAUAAAAACAUCAAAUUCCCUUCAUCAUGAUUGGUGCCAGGAAUACGUGUUCUGCUGCAAAGUCUUUCAGAUAUCGGAGAGUGGGCAGAGAGGCAAGUCAAAUGUUUCUAAAUUCUCUAUAUCUGCCUGACCAACCCAGUUAAACUGUUUUCAAAGUUGGACUCCGGAAAUGAAACAUAUAUUGUGCUCUAAUGCGAACUGCCCAAGAGGACUAGUGGACACUCUUGUGUGUGACAAUGCUCACCAUUGGCUUGUUCGCGUGGCGCGGAAAGUUACAAAAUAAUGAAUUCGCAUCAAAAAGCAAGGUCGAUGAUUUUAUUUUUCCUUAGAUGCAUUCCUGUGCAACUUUGUACUCUAUUUUGUAUAAAACUAUUUCACACCCUUUCGGGGUUAAGAGCAUUGGAAAUUGUUUAAGUUAUUUUGGGGGGACGAUAGAAGGCACUGUACGGUUGUCUAUUUUUCAGGGAGGACUCUGUUUAGUUUGGGAUAUUCCUCUUUACGGCCACUUGUUGACUUUUCCCUGGGAACAUGACGGGUACCAAGCAAGAUCGAUAAAAGGUUCACAAAAUUUCAUCCCUCGGAUUUGCCCCGAAUUUCGAACCCGGACUGGUCUAACGUUUGCUCAUUGAAACAUUCCUGAGAAUGGGUUGCCCGCUGGCUUGAUAUUAUCCUGAAGCUUAUGAAAGAAUAAACACCAAACAAAAGGAGGUACAGAACAAGAGAAAAUGUUAUCAAACAUCCUAACGGAGUGUUUUAGUAAAAUAAAAUAAAUCCAUUGCACAGUUCCUUUAAAGGGUCACCAAAAUAAUUAUGAAUGUUGAGUACUUGGGAACGUAUUUUAUGCAACUUCGUAGUCCUCUUAAUUAAAUUGUAUGAAAACUGUACAUGUAUUUAA